AGCCAGGCUGCUUAAAUGAAUAAAAGUGUGUGGUAUUAAUGUCUAAAAUGCUUAGUCACUGUUUACGUGUUGAUGUUUUUAAGUACAUUAGCAUGUACGGAGUAGGUUUCUAACACAGGUCUGGUGUGUUCCUCCCUCGGGGCCGGAGUUCGGCUCGGCUCAGGCGGAGCUGUGUGCAUGUCAGCGCGGAAAAGCCGGGGCGGGCCUGCCCGGGCAGCUACCGGACCGCGGUUCCGCCGCUAACGCGAGGUCGGGAGCGGAGAACCGUCCACACCGUCCUCACUGACACCUGCUCUUCCACCUGACACGCUCGUCUCUCGGGCUCUCUCGUCCCGGACCUCCGGAGCUUCUCACCGGGACCGUGUCGGCGGUGCACGCCGCUCGGAGCGCACUGAGGGCGGCUGCAGAGCGGAGGAUGGCCCGGUGUGUGAAGCGUGGACACGCGGGGGAUCGUGUCUCACCUCGAGUGUGUUUUGUCCUCUCGUGAACACAGGACGGGAUGACGUCAGAGCGGGUGACACUGCCGGCAUUCAGAGAACCAGGGUUACGCUGAUAACCUCCAGUGCAUCGCCGUGACAGCGAAGGAAACUUAAAAACACAAACUUUGUCUUCAAGGUUCUGAAUGAUGUGAGACAUGACAUACUCAGAGAAUGAUGUCACACUCAGAUGAGUUAACCCUGUGAUGUCUGACCUCUGACCUCUGACCGACACCUCUGAGGAGGAGGGAUGCAGGGAGGAGCAGAGGAGGCCGACGCCUCCUCGCUGAGAGGAGGAGGGGGUGGGGAUGAAAGCUACAUACACAAAGGUCUCAUUAACACUCAUGGGCUGGGGGCGGAGUCUGUAUACUCAGCUCCUCAGUACCAGGGUCAUGUGAUGGCAAGCACCCCCUCAACUCCUCAGCUCCUGAACCCCAGUGCUUUCCUCCCUGCCUCCAGGCCCGCCCCCGGCCUCCUGCUGUCCCCAGACAGCAUCCUGCGAGCGUGGGGGGAGGCAGGGGGCGGAGACUGCUGCGAGACCACCUUCAUCGAGGGGCUCACCUCUGACUCCGCCCUGACGUCUUUCCCCACCAUGGCCGCCACCAAGGAGGCACUGCUCUUCGUUGAUGGGAGGAGUCUGGACUUUUGUGGAGAAGACGCGAGAAUCCACACACUGUCGUACAACAUCGACGACGACGAUGAAUUCCAGGAGAUGGAGAGUGAUUACUCCUCUCAGUCAGACAGUGACGACACGUUCCUGUUGACUCCUCCCAGAGAUCACCUGGGUCUCAGCGUCUUCUCGAUGCUCUGCUGCUUCUGGCCUCUCGGCAUCGCUGCGUUCUACCUGUCACAUGAGACCAAUAAGGCGGUGUCUAAAGGAGACUUCCACCUGGCCAGCUCCAGCUCGAGACGGACGCUCUUCCUGGCCGUGCUGUCAAUCACCAUCGGGACAGGUAUCUAUGUGGGCGUGGCCGUGGCACUCAUCGCCUACCUGUCCAAAAACCAUCACUGGUAGGGCAGGAAAAUACCCAUCAGCCUUUUCUCCUGCACCUGGAGUCCUGGAGGCUGAGCCUUUUCUCCUGCACCUGGAGUCCUGUGGCUGAGAACGAAAUUAAAGUUGACGGGUCGCUACGUGACCUGCUGUCACGUGAUGUUUGAGACAUGAGCGACGGUGGGUCACACAGUACAUGACCUUUCCACCAGGUGGAGCCACUGACUGACAUGACUCAGCGUUUAUAGACUGGGAACGUUGCAGGAAACCAGGAUUAAAUUAGCUCGAUUUCACGUCUUUAGCUCAAACUGAACUUUUACUGAAGCAGUGAUUUCUGCGAUCUUUAUCACGUUUCUAAGUUUCUAUUUCUCUCUCUCUCUCUCUUUUUCGUUAAUAUUUAUGAAAAAAAAUCAAACACACAUGAGAAGAGACAUUCUGUCGAUAUUUAUGUUGCGUUUAUGCUAACAUCUUCUUUUCAGGCUGAACAGUUAGCUUCACAGCUUACUAGCUUGCUAGCACUGACCUGUGAGCAGAUGCCCUUCCUCAUGCAGCUCACAAGCUAAAUGCUAACAGCUAAAGUUGUCUGUGUACGCAGCAGUGUAUUAGCGGCAUAUGUUUUGGUAUUUUAAUAAGAAAGAAUUCUUAAGAAAGAAUCCGAUGGAUUGGUUAGUGUAGGAGUUUUCUAACUCCAGCAGGUGGCAGUAAUGCAACUUAAAACCCGACAGUAGAAGAAGAAGGCGGUUUGGGAAUGCUAUCAUAUUUCGCUAUAAAUUUGCGCUUAACCUCAUCUAUUGCCGACAAACACAUUUCGUUUGACGUUGUACUGUUUUGUUUACUUUAGCUGUGAUGGUGGACUUUGCUAGCAUCACAUAUUAUAAUUAAUAUUAUUAACAGUGUCCUUGACUCCGAUGCUUAAUAAUGCGACAGUUGUCGUUGUUAUAUCGUAAAGCUACGUGUUCCAGGCACUUUUUACGGAAGCGAUUUAUCGUAUUGCAUUCACCUAAAAAAAAAUAUAUAGAAUCUGUUUUUAUGAGAUUCUCGUAAAUCUUGUAAAAAUAGACCCUUUUAAAUCAUUUUAUUCCAAAUGGAAACACAAAAAUCUCGUACCAAAGCGUCAUUACAGCCCCUCAAUACACUGGAGUUCACUGGAUUACAGAGAAAAAUCUGCCCUCUGGUGGUCAAGUAAGAAUCUCCCCACCACUGUUCUGCAUUCAAACGUCAUCGUCUCAAAAUAUCAAUAAAAGGCCUCUGAUUGGCUCGUGCAGCUCACGCCGUCGUUGAAUCGGAUCCAAUUUUCUGUGACGGUGAUCAGGUUUCUUUUAACGAAAGUUUAACCUGAAACCUUUGGACCAAUCAGAGCCCAGCGUCACUCUGGGCAGCUUCAACUACAACUCUGGACUAAAGAAAGGGCUGCAAGUGUCACCCUAUGAUGAUGUCAUCAAUAUCUCAUGAUGACAUCAUCACACACUCACGAGGGUCGUGACGAUGAUGUCAUUUGUGGUUUUCAACAAACUCAGGAGUUUUCACCAAUUUCACCAAAAUACUUUAAAGUUUAUCAGCGGACGUUUGAGCCGGUCAUUAAAGGGACAUUCUGUGAUGUGUCCACGUCAGAGGACGUCCGUCCACUGGUGUCCAAGUCAGAGGACGUCCGUCCACUGGUGUCCAUGGUCCACUGAGACGACAAACUUUUCAGAGAAAGUCACAUUAUUAAUCUAAUCUCCAGCAGAGAAACAGGACGUUUGUGUUGAAUCACCGUGACAACAAGGGACAAACAGCACAACACACAUAUAAAUGAAUCAGUCAAUAAACAAAUAUGAAUUCAAAUGUUUUUGUUUGAAAUAUCGUCCAUUUAUUUAUUUAUUGGUCCAAACUUUGUGUAAAUAAAUAAAUAAAUUCAUGUGUAUUGAUUAUUAUUAUUGAUUAUGUGUGUGUAUUUUGCAUAUACGGUGUGUACAGUUUAUUAAACUUAAGUAUUAAUAUUGUACAUCUGUAUUUUU